CAUCCCCGAACAAAUUGCUUGCGUUGCCUACUGCUUUGUAUUGUACGUACAUCAAAUGUCUUGUGGACUACCAAGCAAAAAGAACCGCUUAGAAGCUGACGACCAUGAUCAACAACCCCUUCGGAUCCUUUUAACAAACGGCCGCUUCCCCGUCUCCCUGGACUUAGCAAGACAAUUCAAACAUGCCGGCCACAAAGUCUACUGCGUCGACCCGCUCGGGUAUCCGAUUUGCAAGUUCUCCUUAGCAUCUGUCGCCAGCGCCCAAGUUCCCGCACCGCACGAUGAUCCCCGAGGAUAUAUCCGAGCGGUGAAAGAGAUGGUCAGGCUAUGGAAAAUCCAUCUGAUAAUUCCCAUCCACGAAGAGAUUUUCUACUUAGCGGACAGCGGUGAGCCUGAUAUCAUCGCUCGUCUCUUCGCACCGCCUUUCCACCUCCUGCUACGCCUGCACCACAAGUUCGAAUUCUCGAAGUUGACGCAGGAUAUCGGUAUGGAUGUGCCCGAAGCCCAUCUCUGCACUAGUAUAGACGACGUCCUUCAGGUCCCCAUGGACCGCUACCCGCACGGCAUUGCCCUGAAACCAGUCUUCGGCCGCGCCUCCACAGGAGUCCACCACAUCCACCCCGGCCAAUCCAUCCCCGAAAACCUCCCAAUCUCCCCAUCCAACCCGCACAUAGCGCAAGAAUGGCUCGUCGGCGACCGCUACUGCUCCUACAGCAUCGUACGCGGCGGCCAAGUCGAAGCAACCGGCUGCUACCCAGUCCUCGACACCCUCGACGGCUCGAGCUCCGUAUUCUUCCAACAAAAAUUCCACCCGCCCGUCUACGAAUACAUCCAACGCUUCAUCUCCUCCCUCCCCCCCUUCUCCGGCCAAAUCGCCUUCGACUUCAUCGAAACCCGCGACGGCCUCUUCGCAAUCGAAUGCAACCCCCGCGCAACCUCUGGCCUCCACCUCUGGUCCCAAACCCCCUACCUCGCCCGCGCCAUCACAGGAACCUUACCAAAAGAAGAAAUCGAACGACCCAUCCGCCCUCCUCGAAAAAUGUUAGGACGAGAAUCACAUUUCCAAGUCGCGGCGGGGAUGUUGAUGUGGGAGCAUAAAAACGCGUCGUUUAAAGUGUGGUUGAGUCAUAUGAGACGUUUGGUUUUUACGCGAGAUGUGAUUUGGAAGUUUCGGGAUCCGAUGCCGACCAUUGCGCAGCCGUUUUUGUUGACGGAGUAUUAUCAUGCGUGUCGGAAGCAGGGGGUGCAGUUGCCGGAGCUUUUUCAACAGCAGUUGAUUUGGGAGCCGAAGGGGGAGGAGAUGGAGAGGGUUAAUGCGGUUUUGUUGGGGGGUGGUAAACUUGGUGGUGGAGGUGGGGAGGAGGAGAUGUUGGGGGUGCUGGAUGAGCCGCAGGUUGAAGAGGUGACGGUGGAGAUGGAGGAUAUUGAAGGUUCGACUUUGGGACGUCCGUCGAUUUGAGUCGCGAUUUGAGGUUGGACUUUCGGGCGGACGGUCCGGUGGUUUUCUUUCGUGAGGAAGCAUUGAUUACUACUCUCUCGGGAUGCCAAGCGUUCUGCUUUGCGUUUGGAUUAUGUGAUACCCAGAUCUCUCCUUAAAGUUGAUGUACUGCAGCGACAUUCCUCUUGAAAAGCACCAGUUUGCUAGUUGUUUUCGUGAUGUACGAGCAUAUCAUCAAUGCUCACAAAAGCAAUAACCGUGAUCCUCAAACUCCUGCAUCGUGCUGUCGACACCUUCCCGAAAAGCAAGAUAAGAAUCGGUGACGUUUUCAGAGUCGUGGUAGUACAAAGCAGAAGCACAUAUGCGCUCAUUCAGCUGUCCCUCAAUGUGCCAUGAGCCACCAUCGUAGGUCGGCUUCUCGUGGUUGAGAUGGAUAUUUGCAAGCUUGACUAUGACCUGAAGACCUUGCUCGUUGAAGACCUUUCGCCACCGAUUUAUUUUCUCUGCUAUCCUUGCAUCGGCAAGCGCAAGAUCUUCCGUGCUCGGCAAGGCAUAGUUAGGAACUCUGCCCUCGCCUUUCUUAGGCGUUUGAAGUACGCUUCGUGGCACUCGGUGUCGAGGUUGAAAUGGCAAGGGUUCCGGAGUUGCUAUUAGGCAAUGAUAUCCA